AAUCUGAGUCAGCACGCUACAAUUGAUAAUUUCAAUUGCUAAUUGUCAAUUUCCAAUAAUUAAUUUAGUCACCAAUCAAUGGUAUGUGCCCGUGUUGAAGCGCGAUGUGCCAAAUGGUUGUGCCGCUUAUGGAUUUGUUGUGGAAGGCACCCGCAUUUUUGUCUUUGGCGGCAUGUCGUUGUCGUUUUCUUCGGCUUUUUUUUUGCGCAUUGUAUGUGUGCACGAAUUUUGGAGUGUGUCGCAUUUCCAUUUAUUACUGACUUACAUUUCAAUUUCAAUAAAGUGCAAUUGAUAAUUUGUUUUGGCAAGCAAAAAGAUGAACUUGAAUUGUAAACAAAUAUAUUAAAAACGAAUAAUCUGCUGAAUUGAAAAUGGAAAUGGAUGCCACCUACCAAAUUGAUAAUCCUAAUAAUAAUAUGUUGGCCAAUAAUCAACUUGGUUUUCGUUGGAAACGCAUUUUAAAUCCAACGCGGCCGCAGCCGCGUCCCCGCCACGGUCAUCGUGCCAUAAAUAUCAAGGAAUUAAUGGUCGUUUUUGUUGGCGGCAACGAGGGAAUUGCCGAUGAAUUUCAUGUUUAUAAUACAGUCACCAAUCAAUGGUAUGUGCCCGUGCUGAAGGGCGAUGUGCCAAAUGGUUGUGCCGCUUAUGGAUUUGUUGUGGAAGGCACCCGCAUGUUUGUCUUUAGCGGCAUGAUUGAAUAUGGCAAAUAUCCAAAUGAACUUUACGAGUUGCAAGCAAUCAAAUGGGGAUGGCGCAAAAUGUACCCUGAGACACCGGAUAACGGUGUCACACCCUGCCCCCGGUUGGGGCACAGCUUCACGAUGGUCGGCGAGAAAAUAUUCCUGUUUGGCGGACUGGGCAAUGAAUCGGAUGAUCCCAAAAAAUAAUAUUCCCAAGUAGAAGUCAAUUAUUAAUUAAUAUUAGUAGUUGUAAAUAAGUUGCCUUUUUCUACUUUGGUUUCUUUGCAAUAAUAAUAAUUAUAUUUAUUAGUAUGUAGCAAUAAAUGUUAAUAUUAUUAGUGGUUUGUUUAAUACCAAAAACAAUAUUCAAUUGGUGCUAAAAAUAUAUUUAUUAGUAGUUCGUUUCGAUUAAAAUAUAAAGCUUAUUAAAUUAAAAAUACAUUUUCAUAUUCAAUAUUUUUAAAAUUCUUAAUUUCGACUAUCCCUCAGUCGAAAGAGAAAAAUCUUAAAUACAAAAAAAAAAAAAAUUUCAUAAUUACGUUGGUUAACUUUAAUUUUCGACAUAGCAAAAUCGCAAAUAAAAAAUAUAUUUAAUUCAAAAUCAAA